AUGCGCUUCACCAUUGCUGCCGUCGCUGCUGCCUUCGUGGUUAGCGCCUCUGCCCUGGGCAACUCUACCGCCCAUCCCGUCUACACGACUGAGAUUGUCACUGCUUUCACCACCUACUGCCCUGAAGCUACCUCUGUCGUGCACAACAACCAGACCUACACUAUCACCGAGGCCACCACUUUGACCAUCACCAACUGCCCUUGCACCGUCACCAAGCCCGUAAACUCUGCCACCUUUACCUCCGCCAUCCCCAUCCCUCUUAGCACCGGCGCCUCUGGCUCUGCCGUGGUGGCCCCCGUCAGCACUGGCGCUCCUUACAGCAACGGCACCGUUCCCACCUCUGGCACCGCCUCUUCCACUGGCGCUACUGGCAGCACCAGCACCACCGGCACCGCUUCGCCCGUCUUCACCGGCGCCGCCAACAAAGCUUUCUCCGCCUCGGGCGCUGGCCUCGCUGGCCUCCUCGGUCUGGCUGCUUUCAUGCUCUAA